AUUUGGAAUAAGAUGAGCGGUGUAGGAGAUCGGAUAUUUUUGCUUCCCUUGGCAGUCCAUAUCUCUAGAAGUCCGUGAUAUAGUUAACUGUGUCAGAGCGUCACCCUGAGUCUACGUUUUGUUUUGAUUUCAAAUUGAGAUUUUGAGCACCAAGAUUUGGAUCGAAUUUCGGCCAUUCACAAGAGUCCUCCUGGACUCUUAAGGCCUUUGUUCGAUUCGGCCCAGUGUUCAAGGAUCAAUUGGACGAGUCCGCAGCCAUGGCCACGCCCAUUUCGUUAAGCUUGUCGGCCUCGCCCCGUCGGAAUUUGAACGCCUGCUUGGACCUGGAACCCAGUCAGGACUCCACCGCCGCCAUAGGUGGCUCGACGAGCGAAACCGCCUCGACCGACGCCACGCCCCAUCGUUUAGCAUCAAACCAAGCGCAUGAGAGCGAUCAAGCUGGCCCGAUUGCGGAUACUCUCGAAGCCGACCUGGAUCCACCCCUGCAAGAUCUGGAGGACAACUUAUUGGCUUUGGAGAAACUCGACCGAGCCUCGCCGGAUCUCUGGCCCGAUCAUAUUCCUGGGGUAUCCCAAUUUGUUCCCUUGGAGACGUCCAACGAUUCCCCGGCCAAUAAUGCCAAUGUUCUCACUGAUCUAAGCAACGAAGACCUAUCUACGAUCUAUCAAUUGGGUAAUCUGCCUGUUGCUCCUCUGUUAAAUGAAGUGAAACGGUUACACGAUAUCGCUUACGAAUUGGGCAUCGAAGAACGCAAGGAAAUGACCCGUGGCAAAUAUCUAAAUAUCCUGAAAAGACGUUGUUAGCAUUACCCGGCAAAAAAAGUCUAUUUUCCACCUCUACCCCACACUUCCCAAAAAUGAAUUGGGUCACUAAAAUUGCACGUAUGUAAAUUGAGGAAUUACUGUAUUAGAAUAAAACGUGAAAUUCAUAUACAAG